CUCAAGCAUCAAUUGAUGCUUGCAAUGAGCUCUGCUCUGCCUGGUUUGCUCUUGCUCCUCGCAGCAGCGACGUCCGUGGCGGUAGCGAACGCACAGCUAUCAGAGAACUACUACGGGUCUUCUUGCCCCGCCGCGCUUCUCAGUAUCAGGACUGUCGUGACGACGGCGGUGCUGCUGGACCACCGCAUGGGCGCUUCUCUUCUCCGGCUCCACUUCCACGACUGCUUUGUGCAAGGGUGCGACGCGUCCGUUCUGCUGGAUGACACGGCCGGCUUCACCGGCGAGAAGGGGGCCGGGCCGAACGCCGGGUCGCUGCGCGGUCUGGAGUUGAUCGACAAGAUCAAGAUGCUGCUGGAGUUCAUGUGCCCGCGGACCGUCUCCUGCGCCGACAUCCUCGCCGUCGCCGCCCGCGACUCCGUCGUCCGUCUAGGGGGGCCAUCAUGGGCGGUUCAACUUGGAAGGAGGGACGCCACCACAGCAAGCGCGUCACUUGCCAGCAGUGACCUCCCAGGCCCCAACUCCAACCUCAAUGAUCUCCUCACCGCUUUCUCCAAAAAAGGACUAAGCACCACAGACAUGGUUGCUCUAUCAGGGGCCCAUACCAUCGGCCAGGCGCAGUGCCAGAACUACCGGAACCGGAUCUACACCGACACCGACAUUGACGGGGCAUUCGCGGCGUCCCUGCGAGGCGGCUGCCCACAGGCCGGCGGCGACGGCAACCUCGCGCCGCUCGACGCGUCCUCUCCCAACACCUUCGAUAACGGCUACUUCUCCGGCCUCCUCUCCCGCCAGGGGCUGCUCCAUUCCGACCAGGCGUUGUACGACGGCGGCUCCACGGACGAUCUGGUCAGGACCUACGCCUCCAAUAACGAUCAGUUUGGCAGCGACUUCGCUGCGGCGAUGGUGAAACUGAGCAAUAUCGGCCUGCUGACGGGGUCAUCCGGGGAGAUCAGGGUCAACUGCCGGGCGGUGAAUUAA